ACUUCAUCGGCCCCAAUCAAUAUGGCUCCUGAGAUCGUUGCCAAGGCGAUUCCUGUGAGGAAGGGCAACUUAAGGACUCUUGACUGGAAAUUAUGAAACGAUUCGUUUAUCCGCGGACCAUGAACUCAUGUUUCGAUAUUUUUGCUGACCAUGGACCUCAGAAUUUCACCAAGGUGGGACGGAUAACAUCUCCUCCCAAUCGGUCCUUGUAGGGCUGUGGAUCAAGAUCCACAACUAAUGGUAACUCCACCCUUCGGCGUGUCGCAUCUUCAAGCGGGAAGCGAGGAGGUCGACAAAUUUGGCAUUCUUACCAGCGGUCCCUAGCCGCAUUUCCAGUUUUCUCUCGACAGCGAUUCUAGCAACCAUGGCUCCUCCUACCCAUCAGCUCCCAGAGCCACAUCUUGCCGAGAGACCCUCCUGUCGGGAUCCCUCCAACGAAAAAAAUUAAAAGAUUGAGCCUGUUGCCACGCACCGCCACGCUCGGUGCCACAACCGUCCGGUGACGUCAUUUUAAUAUGUGCGGGUUAAGGCUUGGCGCUAAUAUUACUUAACCGCCUCUGGACUAGCCUGCUAGUGCCAAGGCCGAGAAACAGUGGGCCUUCUGUGGUGGGAGAUACGACUCUGGAUGGAUAGAAAUAUCGCAGGCAACCGCACCCAUGAGCAUAUCGGCUAGUUUGGCUUGUGCACAGAGUGGAGUUGGGCGAUCGGACGAAAAUGCUCGGGAUAUUUUGUGAACAAAUAACAAGGAAGGGCAAGGAUGUGCCCGAAAAAUGCCACCAGAUAUGCAACCGUGUGUUACAACAAGCUAACCAUCCAUUUUGCGACGGAGAAGUAGAGCCAAUCAUGUCUCCGGGAAAGCUGAGAUAUGAGAAGGGAGCUCACAGAAUCUGCAGCGCUGGGAGGCGGGAAGUCAGAGCUGCCUGAAAGGCCUCCCUGACACACCCUUUUCACAGCCGCAAGCGCAACACCGAAGGCCCUGCUGGUUGUCCAUCUCCCGUGCCACGGGGCAUUUACUCAACAUCUCCGGUCCAAUUGGAACCACUGUUCCCCUGGUUUCACCAAUCAAAGGUGCUGGGACCAUGGUCAAUCAUUCCUUACACCUCAAUAAUGGUGUGCAACCUGAAAACACUGGAUGUUGCCUGCUCCUCGUUGAGGAGAAAUAGGUACAGCGCGGCAUGCGCGCAAAGGCAAACACAAACAUGUACCAAUCCUCCGUACUCCCUUUUUUUUUUCUUUGGGUUGGUGGGGCGUGGUUCAGGGCCCGCUUGUCCCUGACUCAGGAUCCUCCUUGCACAAAAUUCCGGUCCACAACGAAAUGCCACGCACAUGACAUCAUAAGGUACUCAGUUCAGGCUGCCGAUAUUUUGCACAGUCAGGAAGUGUCUCUGGAAAGGAAAGGUCAACAUUUGCCUACGAUCUUUUUUGCUUUGGCAAGGUAGAACGGCCAGCCAAUGAAUGGGUGUACAUCUUAGCUUUUCGAAAACCCUUCUUUGCUGCGAACCUAUCAACUUUAUGACAUUUGCCUCUUUUCCCCUUCCGCACUCGGUGUGGAUUUGUUUUCAUCGGAGGGAAAUUCAAAUUCGUCGGUAUCGAAUGAAAUCACAUCAUACCCACCAUUCGGCCCACAGUGGCUUGGUUAGUUGCUGCAUCGGGUGGAUCGUUUCACGAAACUUCAUGGUUCAGCCCAGGCAUCCUGCCUCAUCCGUCCGGUCAAGCACGUUGACGUUAAGAUGAAGUCAGUGGAGACUGCAAAAUAAUAAUGGAGACGGUUGAGGUAGAGAACUACGCCGGAUUACAUUAUCACACUUGCCUUUCUUCUGAACGCUGGUUCAACCCCGUCGAGCGGCUAUCCCGGGAUUGGGGAAAGCUAUAUAUACCCUCUUUUACGCCCCGCUGUGCGUCACUUUGGUUGCUUUCAAGAAUUCCGCGGCCUUUUCACCCAAACGCAGCAUUGCAUCGUCGAGAUAUCCACGUUAUUGGACCUCUCAGUCGACCGGUUUCGGCUGAGUUGCGAAAUAGUUCAUCGACCUUCCCUGGCUGAAUAAGGACUCGCCACAUUGUUUCCUGCGGAAUAUAUAACCUUCCCUCGUCAGGAACGAGUUUCAAAACGCCUUGCAUUUGCCUUUCGCUAUAUUUUUGUGACUUCUGUUUCAGGAACCGUGUUCGACCCAUCUCGACACUAUGACUACUGCCGAUUACAGAUCCCAUACGUCGGGCGGCCACGUCCGUCGGCUGUCCAAUGUUGAAGCUUCUGGGGCAGACCUCAUUGGCGGGCCCAAUGUUAUCGUGCCUCCGAAGCACUUGAUGGCUAAGAGCGAUGCCUACGAGACUGCAAAGGCUAUGGAACUUGCGAAAUAUCACCUCGAAGAGGACAUUUCCUCAGCCGAAACAACUCCAAGAGCCGCAUCUCCUAUCUCAGCCCAGCCACUCACAACAACAGAUCGAUAUGCCUUCGCUUUUGAUAUUGAUGGUGUGCUGGUUCGAGGAGGCAGAGCCAUUCCUGCAGCUAUUGAAGCUUUGAAGGUUCUGAAUGGACAGAACGAGUACGGAAUUAAAGUACCGUACAUCUUCGUGACAAACGGUGGUGGAAAGACGGAAGAAGAGCGCUGUCUCGAUCUCAGUCGACAACUUGAAUACGAAGUUUCCCCGGGGCAGUUCAUCUGCGGCCAUACACCAAUGCGAGAAAUGGCGGAGAAGUACAAAACUGUCUUGGUCGUCGGUGGAGAGGGCGAGAAAUGCCGUGUUGUCGCCGAAGGGUACGGAUUCAAAGACGUUGUGACUCCUGGAGAUAUCAUCAAGCAUAACAGACACACUACUCCUUUCCGGGAACUUACUGAAGAGGAGCUUCGCAAUUCUCGAACUAGGGACUUUUCUGACGUCCAAAUUGAAGCUAUUUUUGUUUUUGCGGAUAGCAGAGACUGGGCGGGAGACCAGCAGAUCAUUCUCGAUCUAUGCAUGUCCAAAGGCGGGCGGAUAGGAACAAGGUCCGAGACGUUUGAUGAGGGCCCGCCGGUUUACUUCUCCCACAACGACAUCGUCUGGUCCACAUCGCACGAGUAUACACGGAUUGGCAUGGGUGCUUUGAGAGCCUCGACCGAAGCUCUAUUCAAAGCUGUUACCGGAAAGGAGUUGCAAACAAUUGCUUUUGGCAAGCCACAGAUUGGAACAUUCCAGUUCGCCACGCGGCUUCUCCAACAAUGGCGAAAAGAAACUCACGGUAUCAACUCACCCCCAGAAACUGUGUAUUUCGUCGGAGACACCCCUGAAUCGGAUAUCCGCGGUACAAACGAGUACAACGACUCCGAACUCUGUGAAAACAAUUGGUACUCUAUUCUCGUGAAGACCGGUGUAUUCCAGGAUGGUACUGUUCCGCGAUUCGCCCCACAAAAGAUCUGUGGUGACGUUCUGGACGCUGUCAAGUUCGGUAUGAAGAGAGAGUACAUAGAUGCCUUGAAGCAGUCUACUGUUGCUCCCGUACAGCAAGGAACCGAAGGAGCCACUAAGGAGGUGUGAGGACAAGAAUCCUUUACAAUUUUUACACCAACAUGCUUUUCGAGAGACGCUAUUCACGAUGUGACGAUCUAACUACUGGAUACGUAUAAUACGGCCUGUGUAUCCUGACACCACCUGCAAAUUUGUGAUUCCCCAUUUGAUAUUGCGUUUUCAUUAACUCUGCUUAUUUUCCUUAGUCUUUUUCUUUCUUUCUUUUCCCUUUUUUUUUUUUAUUAUUAUUUUUUCGCGGCUGGUGGAAUACCUUUUUCGAGACUUCUGCUAUGUAUAGAAUAUGAAAACCAGACAGGCAGACAAAGGAACAUAGAACUCUGUCUAGAACACAUUUGGUUGCAACGGAUUUAUACACCAUUGAUUUGCUAUGGCAUGUAAAUACGUAUAUUUUGUGUGAUCUCUAAUA